GACCUGUCUGUGCCACAAAUCAACCGCUUGCUUGAUCUUCUUCACCUCUGUCUGUCCUGUUUCGAAUACAAGGGAAAGAAAGCCCUGCAGAGGAUAAACAGUCUGACCUUUAAGAAGUCUCAGGACAUGAAGGCCCGUCUGGAGGAGGCCAUACUGGGCACCAUCGGCGCAAGACAGGAGAUGGUCCGUCGCUGCAGAGAGCGCAGUCCUUACGGAGGUCAGGAGAACGUCCGCUGGAGGAAAAACGUCACUCACUGGAGACAGAACGCAGACAGAGUGGACAAAACCAAGGCAGAGUUGGCGCAGGAGUCGGUAGUGGAUGGAAACUUGGCGACAGAAGCUGCUCUCAUAGCCCUGGACACACUGGAGAUCAUUGUCAAAACGGUGGUAAUGUCAGAGCUGAAGGAGAGUGUUUUGGGUGGUGUGCUGAGAGUCCUCCUCCACAGUAUGGCAGGAAACCAGAGCGCACUCUUCCUGCAGCACUGCUUCAGCACACAGAGAGCUUUGGUCUACAAGUUCCCAGAGAUGCUGUUUGAGGAGGACACUGAGCUCUGUGCCGAUCUGUGUUUGCGGUUGCUGCGGCACUGCAGCAGCAGCGUGAGCUCCGUACGCAGCCACGCCAGCGCCUCCCUCUACCUGCUCAUGAGACAGAACUUUGAGAUCGGCAACAAUUUCGCCCGUGUCAAGAUGCAGGUUACCAUGUCUCUGUCUUCACUCGUGGGAACCUCGACGAAGUUCAAUGAAGAGCAUCUGCGACGCUCUUUAAAAACUAUUCUCACAUAUGCCGAGGAUGACCUGGAGCUCAGAGAUUCCCCCUUCCCUGAGCAGGUGCAGGAUCUCGCCUUCAACCUCCACAUGAUUCUAACUGACACUGUGAAGAUGAAGGAGCACCAGCAGGACCCAGAGAUGCUUAUAGACCUCAUGUACAGGAUUGCUAAGGGCUAUCAGAACUCUCCUGAUCUGAGGCUCACGUGGCUGCAGAACAUGGCAGGGAAGCACUCAGAGAGAGGGAACCACGCGGAGGCAGCACACUGUCUGGUGCAUAGCGCCGCCCUUGUGGCGGAGUACCUCAACAUGCUUGAAGAUUGCCGCUACCUCCCUAUCGGAUGCGUGUCAUUCCAGAGUAUUUCGUCCAAUGUGCUGGAGGAGUCUGCGGUGUCUGAUGAUAUUCUGUCCCCAGAGGAGGAGGGCAUCUGUUCAGGGAAGUACUUCAGUGAGUCUGGGCUCGUGGGACUUCUGGAGCAAGCAGCUGCUUCUUUCAACAUGGCUGCCAUGUACGAGGCCAUAAAUGGAGUCUACAAAAUCCUUUGUCCCAUUCACGAGGCCAACAGAGACUUUAAGAAGCUGGCCUCUGUCCACGGCAAACUGCAGGAUGCCUUCAACAAAGUAUACAAUCAGAGCUCAGGAUGGGAGAGGAUGUUUGGCACCUACUUCCGUGUGGGCUUCUAUGGAUGCCGCUUUGGAGAUCUGGACGAGCAGGAGUUCGUCUAUAAAGAGCCUUCCAUCACCAAACUAGCUGAGAUCUCACAUAGACUGGAGGAAUUUUACUCUGAACGAUUUGGUGAUGAAGUGGUGGUGAUCAUCAAGGACUCCAACCCUGUUGACAAGAACAAACUGGACCCAAAUAAGGCGUACCUGCAGAUCACAUAUGUUGAGCCCUUCUUCGACACUUACGAGCUGAAGGAGCGCAUCACUUACUUUGACAAGAACUAUAACCUGCGCACGUUCAUGUACUGUACACCGUUCACGCUGGACGGUCGGGCCCACGGCGACCUGCAUGAGCAGUACAAACGCAAGGCCAUCCUCACCACCUCCCACGCCUUCCCCUACAUCAAGACCCGCAUCAACGUCAUCCACAAAGAGGAGAUCAUUCUGAUGCCGAUGGAGGUGGCGAUUGAGGAUAUGCAGAAGAAAACACAGGAGCUGGCCUUCGCAACCCAUCAGGACCCCGCUGACUCAAAGAUGCUCCAGAUGGUGCUUCAGGGUUGUGUUGGCACCACUGUUAAUCAGGGUCCGCUGGAGGUGGCUCAGGUCUUCCUGUCUGAAAUUCCUGAGGACCCCAAACUCUUCCGGCAUCACAAUAAACUGCGCCUCUGCUUCAAGGACUUCACUAAAAGGUGUGAGGAUGCUCUGAGGAAGAACAAGUCUCUGAUCGGUCCAGAUCAGAAGGAGUACCAUCGAGAGCUGGAGCGGAACUACACUAAACUGAGAGAAGCUCUGUUUCCUCUUAUCAACCGGAAAAUCCCUCAACUCUACAGACCACUGCCUUUGCCAACCACACUAACACAGAGGAAUUCUCUCAGUCGAUCCAGUUUUCGGCGGGUGGAGUGCUGAGGUGUAGCGGAGCCGAGCGCGGGUGGAUGUAAAGCCAGACAUGAUCUCCCGCUCCAUCAUUCAACCCCCAGCCACACACUAAAACACACGGCACAUUCCUCUCUCAGGCACAAGCCCUCCUGAGCCAGUCUCUCUCUCCCGCAGCUUCAGUCUGUUUACUCUGAGAGGUUAUCUGCUGUAAACAGAGUCAUUAUGAUCUUCAUGGGCACAGCAGAAUAACCGGUCGAAGUAGUCAUCAGUAGAGAAAAACGAGCUUCUUGCUCAACGUCGGAGGUCAUUUUAGGUUCUAACCAGCACACGGCAUUCAGAUGCUCCUCUGCAUUUCCUCCUGCAUUUCCGCUGUUUGAUUUAUCUGCUUGCACUCAGUGGCUUAAAGCAUUUGUAAAAGCUCUGUCUUUUUGAAGACUAAGCACUGACAGACCGAGCCCAGAGACUGACUGACUCAGAGAAGACGUGUUUAAUCUUUCACGUCAUUUGCGCAAACUGUUUUUAAAUCUAAUUCUGCUGUUGGCUCAAGCAUUUAUUGCAAAAAAGCAA